UCCAGCUGAGACUCUAACUUGUUUUUGACUGACAGUGAGUAUGAGAACACUUUAGGUGGGAGUGGUGAAGGAGGGCUUUCAAAAGCACACAUAUAUACAUUUCUUGAAGAACACACUUCUUCGAUGAAGGACCAUCCAGCUUGUCAUGAGAGUAACUUCAAGAAAGAAAUUUGAACCUUGCUCCUUUACAGGUUACACAAAAUUCCUUGGACGGAAAGCCUGCCUGUGAACUUCUGUCUGACGAGUAUAAAGGUCACAUGCCAUAAACCUAUUGGGUUCACUUCAUCCUUGGCACAUAAAUCUUUCAUGUCUAGGACAGCCCUGAUCAAUUUCAUUUUCGGUAUGCUGGGAAAGUACAUCUGAAGUCCUAUGAAGCACAAUCCAAUCCAAUGAGUACACCAAUGGGAGCUAGUGUGGGCUGAAAGAGAGUGAUUACUGACCUGAUGCAGCACACCAAGCACAGCAGAGAAAAACGUGGAAGUUCUUCAGUCUAAAGUCUCCAGCAUGCAUUUGUAAAGAUACAAACAACCGAAAUUCAGGAUCGUGUGAGCAGAGAAAUGAUGAAGGAAACAGCGUGCAGGAAGUUAGGGAGGAAAGGCCAAGGUUCGGAUGGGAUCCAUUCCAAGAGAUGAAAGGAAGUGACUCACUGGUACAUGAAUGCUCCCUAAUAAAGAAUACAAAUGAAGAGAGGAAGGUUCCAAGGACUGGUCUGAGACACUGACAAUGGAAGCCACACAGAUCAACAUGUCUCAAAGCCCCCUAGUAAAUGGGGCCAUUGGUGCUAAAGUGAAGAAAUGCAAACCUCGUGUGAUGUCAAAAAGUGGCCACAGUAAUGUCAGGAUUGAUAAGGUGGAUGGUAUUUACUUGCUUUAUCUUCAAGAUCUGUGGACCACAGUUAUUGACAUGAAAUGGAGAUAUAAACUUACUUUGUUUGUAGCUACUUUUGUAAUGACUUGGUUUCUUUUUGGAGUCAUUUACUAUGCCAUUGCAUUUAUUCAUGGAGACUUGGAAGAAAACAAAUACUCUCGCAAACAUGUCCCCUGUGUCAUGAAUGUUGACUCCUUAACUGGCGCAUUUCUCUUUUCUUUGGAGUCCCAAACAACCAUUGGUUAUGGCUUUCGUUUUAUCACUGAGGAGUGCCCUCAUGCCAUUUUCCUCUUAGUUGCUCAACUGGUCAUCACAACUUUGGUUGAAAUCUUCAUCACGGGUACCUUCCUAGCCAAAAUUGCCAGGCCUAAAAAACGGGCUGAGACCAUUAAAUUCAGUCAUUGUGCUGUCAUCACUAAACACAAUGAGCAACUUUGCCUGGUGAUCCGUGUGGCAAAUAUGAGAAAGAGCCUUCUGAUUCAAUGCCAGCUGUCUGGAAAGCUUCUGCAGACCUAUGAAACUAAAGAAGGAGAGAGGAUCCUGCUUAACCAAGUCAGUGUCAAAUUCCAUGUUGAUUCCUCAUCUGAAAGUCCUUUCUUGAUUUUACCUUUGACUUUUUACCAUAUAUUGGAUGAGAACAGUCCUUUGAGAGAUCUUACACCCCACAACCUAAAAGAAAAAGAUUUUGAACUUGUUGUCCUUUUGAAUGCUACAGUUGAGUCAACAAGCGCUGUUUGCCAGAGCCGAACCUCGUACAUUCCAGAGGAGAUCUUCUGGGGUUAUGAGUUUAUGCCUGUGAUUUCUCUCUCUCAGAAUGGGAAAUAUGUUGCAGAUUUCAGUCAGUUUGAGCAGAUCCGAAGUUCAGAUUGCAACUUGUAUAGUAUGGAUUCUGAAAAGCAAAAACUGGAAGAGCAGUAUAGAAAGGAAGACCAAAGGGACAGAGAACGCAGAACAAUGUUAUUUCAGCAAAGCAAUGUUUGAAUUCUUGUUCAUCGCUAACUAUAUCCGAGUGUAUAUUUUUUCGGCAAAUGGAUAGGCAGCAAUAUGUUGUCUAAAAAGCUAUGAUGCCGACAGUAUCUGAAUACAUCAUGAUUCAGUUUGCUUAAGUUGAGUGGAGCUGUUUGAGGUUAUAAUGUGGGAUAACGAAGAUGGAUUUCUCUUAAGGGUCUACCAUAUGCCAACUUUUGUGGCAAACCCUUUUGUUUUUCAGCUGAUAGGUGGAGUUUGAUAUGUUGAAUAAAUGUGUCCAAAUACAUAUUCAAAAUAAUUUAGUUGUAUUAGUAGGAUAAAAGAGUUGUUUUGAAAGGUAAUCUUCAGGACUUUAUUUACCUAGUUUCAGAUGAGUUUAGAAAAGAAAAAAACCUGUGUUGUGGGGUUAGAAAUCAGAAUUGUACAAACCAGUUUUCUCAGAGAAAAAACUAUUUGUCUGAUAAUAUCAGGCAGACCAUUAAAUGGUUGCUCAGAUGUCAUGAGAGCUUAAGGAGAGGUUGGUUAGAGCAACAUUUUUUGUGCCAAUGCAGAUCCUCCUUUGAAAACUGUGACCCUUCUGACUGCUGAAGAGUUAUCCAGAAGCAAACAUCUAGAGUAAAUUGUCCUUCCCAAAGCCAGAGGAAAUACCUAUGUUAUGUCUGAGGAACAAGGGAGCAGGUCUUUGCACAGCUUUUCUCCCCCUCCCCUGGUCCAACAAUUAAAGUAGCGUCUAUAACAGUUUCUUCCCUUUCUGACAUGCAUAUUUGGUAGGCUAAGAGUAGCGUUCAUUCACCAGUGUAACUCGUUAGCUUGGCACUAAGUAAUAGAAAGAUCUUGGGUGUUUCAGAGAACGGUCUGCUUUUUUUUGUAAGAAAAACGGAUACAAAUUUAAGCAUUAGGGUGAAAAUAGUUGUUUAAAAAGUAAGAAAAAUGCUAUUGCAGUUAACACUUCUGUUUUUAUGCAGUGUAUAUAGCAGUAUAAUAGCAUAUUGCAAAAGAUCACUUGCUUUGCUUUGGACCAUUAUGUAAUAUUUCUGAAUAAAAUUCUCUGAAACAUUUACAGUCAAA